GCAGGUGGCAGCACCGGCGCACGUGUGUCAGGUGGUAUAAUAACAAACCAGAAGAAGACGAAGGGAAAGCUUCUCGAAAAAAUGUCCGAGUACGAGAAGGCCCAGAGGGGAGCCCUGAAAAUAAAAGGUUUAGGGAGCAUCUCAGCUGGGAAAAAGAAGAAGAAGAAGGACAAGGAGAGUAAGCAUCGCUUGGAGCAGGUCGUGACCAGUCAAAACGAUGAGGAGGGGAAAUCACAGAAAGCAUAUGUUGACAAAAGGACACCGGCACAAGUUGCUUUUGACAAGAUGCAAGAGAAGAGACAAAUGGAGCGGAUUUUGAACAAAGCUUCAAAGACACACAAACACAGAGUUGAGGAUUUCAAUCGCCACCUGGACAACCUGACAGAACAUUAUGAUAUUCCCAAAGUCAGCUGGACCAAAUAGAAGAGUGGCAAAUGUUUGUUUUGUUUUCUUUGUCGCCUGUACAGAACACCGGCACAUCACAUUCUGUUAGCUAGUUUUUUUUUUUUUUACAUUUCCAAAUCAAAUCUGUUAAAUUGGAAUUAAGUUCUUUUUUCGAUGUAAUCCUUGAUGAGUACAAUAAAGGAUUUUAAUUUGA